AUGUCUCGUGAAUUUCCACUUCGUAGUCUUGGCCGUGAUGGCCCCAAGGUUACCGCUGUCGGACUGGGCCUUAUGAGCCUGGGCGGUAUCUACGGUGAUCAAGACUCCUUGGAGUAUAAGGUGUCCUUCUUGGACCACGCUCAUGCCAUUGGCCAGCGGUUCUGGGAUACUGCCGACAUGUAUCUUGACAGUGAAGAUGCGGUUGGAGAGUGGGUGAAGCGCUCGCACAAGCGUGACGACAUCUUCCUUGCCACCAAGUUUGCUUGUCAGUUCGACCUCACCACCAAGAGCAUGAAGGUCCGAUCGGACCCCCAGUAUGUCCACGAGGCGUGCGAGAAGAGCCUCAAGCGCCUGAAUGUCGACACAAUUGACCUUUAUUACUGCCACCGCAUCGAUGGUGUCACCCCUAUUGAAAGGACCAUUGAGGCCAUGGUUGAGUUGAAGAACCAAGGCAAGAUCCGGUACCUCGGUUUGUCUGAAGUAUCGGCCGCAACCCUGCGCCGAGCACACGCUGUGCACCCGAUUACCGCCUACCAGAUAGAAUACAGUCCCUUCGCAACCGAUAUCGAACGGCCUACCAUUGACCUUUUGAACACUUGCCGGGAGCUUGGCAUUGCCGUAGUGGCUUAUAGCCCGGUCGGCCGGGGAGUUCUUUCGGGCCAAAUCAAGUCGGCUGAUGACAUUGCGGAGAAUGAUUUCCGCAAGACAUUGCCUAAAUAUUCCGCGGAGAAUUUCCCUAAUAUCUUGAAGCUCGCCAAUGGGUUUGAAAAGGUAGCCCAGGCCCACGGCUAUACUUCCGCUCAAGUUGCCAUUGCGUGGCUGUUGGCUCAGGGACCGGACAUCAUUCCUAUCCCUGGUACCCGCUCUACAGCUCGUAUCGAAGAGAACACUGCUGCUUCACUGGUGAAGCUGACCGACGAAGAGCUGAAAGAGCUCCGGGAAUUGGUCGACAAGACGGAGAUCCCGGGCGAACGUUAUCAUGCCAGCAUGUCGGCAACUACCCUACGCGACUCUGUUCCUCUGAAGUGA